AUGGCUUUGAAUGGCUGCUGGAGGUUCUUGGCAACUUUUAUAUUGACUUUUCCAGGGAUACUCUGUUUCCUGCAAGAUGAACCAAGGGUAUUACUCAUUUCUUUUGAUGGAUUUAGAUGGGAUUACAUCUAUAAAUUCCCAACACCCAAUUUCCAGUAUAUUAUAGAGAAUGGAAUUCAUGUUGAACAAGUCACCAAUGUGUUCAUUACCAAGACUUACCCUAAUCAUUACACAAUGGUAACCGGACUGUAUGCAGAAAGCCAUGGCAUAGUUGCUAAUGAGAUGUAUGAUCCAGUUUUAAAUGAAACUUUCUCCAUGAACCAUAUGACUACCUAUAAUCCAAAAUUUUGGGAAGACGCUUCUCCAAUAUGGAUCACUAAUCAGAUUCAAGGACAUAGAAGUGGAGCUUCAAUGUGGCCUGGAACAGAUGUGAAAAUACAUGGGGCCUUCCCUACAUACUAUAUGCUUUACAAUGAAUCUGUGUCUUUCGAAGAAAGAGUCGCUAGGCUAAUCGAGUGGUUUAUGUUUGAAGAGCCCAUCAAUCUUGGGCUACUGUAUUGGGAGCAGCCAGAUGGGAUGGGACACGUGUUGGGUCCAGACAGUCCUUUCAUGGAACCUGUCAUUAGAGAUAUUGAUAACAAGCUGGGUUAUCUUGUGUCAGAGCUGAAGAAGGCAAACUUGUGGAACUCGUUGAAUGUCAUCAUCACAAGCGACCAUGGAAUGGCCCAGUCUUCAAGAGGCAGGAUCAUAGAGCUUGAUCUGUAUGUGGACAGAGAUCUAUACAGAAUGAUUGACCAUUCACCUGUUGUAUCUAUUUUACCAGAAGAAGGCAAAACUGAUGAAAUAUACAAUGCAUUAGUCAAUGCUCAUCCCCAUAUGAGCGUGUAUAAGAAGGAGGAUAUUCUAAACAGACUACAUUACAGACACAACCGUAGAAUUCAACCAAUCGUAGCAGUUGCCGAUGAAGGAUGGGAAAUCCUCCAAAACAAGUCAGAUGGGUUUCUAUUGGGUAACCAUGGAUAUGACAACAUGCAACCAGAAAUGCACCCUAUAUUCUUAUCCCAUGGACCUGCCUUUAAAAAGAACAUCACCAAGCAAGCUAUGAAUUCUACAGAUUUGUAUCCCCUGUUAUGUCAUUUGUUGGGUAUCAGUCCACUGCCCAACAAUGGGUCACUUGACAAUGUGAAGGAUCUACUUGUUAGUACAGCCCCAGAGAAGCCACAACAUAGAGACGACCUGCAGGAAUCAUAUGCCUGGUUCAUAGGGACUUUCCUGGGUGGCAUGCUCGUCUUUGUUUUUCUUCUAGUGUUUAUAAAUCAUGUAAAUCACAACCAUGUACCAGCUGUGUGGGUGCAGCAUGGUGAAAUAGCUCAGCCUUUACUUCAAGCUUAACAUCUAAAAUAAAGGCAUAGGAUUGCUUUAAAACACCCUUUUAACCAUAGUUUAUAGGGAGUGUUCCUAGGAGUAUGAGCAUAUGAAUGAACGAAAGCUUAACAUUGACAGAAAAUGUGCAUAUUAGCUGAUGUGAUGCUACAGAAGACUUCAGACAGGUUGUCUGCCUGGACACGUCAUUUGUACUCGCAUUGGUAUCAGCCUGUGUCCUUGGCUAGAGAAUCUGUUCUGUUUUAAAAAGCUUGUUGGUUCGAAGGUUGCCAGUAAUUAGAAGAAUGCCCAGGUAGGCUGCAGAGGUGCCAAAAUCUAAUUGUCCAUGUCUUUUGAUUAAAUUUAAGAGAGUUAUUCCAAAGUAAUUGCACACAUAUGUACAUACUUAUGACACUGGAUUAUAUGCAUCCCACCAGAAAGCUGCAGACUUCAGGCAAUGACCAAAUAUGCUCAAAAUCUCCUUUCUGAGACUUAUACAUCUAGCACAACAUUGGUAUUAACAAAUGUUUUACUCAGCUUGUAGGCACCAGUAUUUUGUAAUGAUUCUCUAAUAUUGAUCAAGCAGGGUCCUGUGCACUUUUUGCUUUCCAUAGUUGAAUUACAUGCUUAUGUAGAGAGAUGCAUAUUGUUUAGUAUAGGGGUCCUCAGACUUUUUCACCAGGGGGCCAAUUGAAAGGUGCCAGUGCUGGGCGUGGGCCGGAAAGCUUGUGCGGGGGCAGGGGGUGCGCGGGCCGGCAUGGGAGCAGGGUGUUCGGGUGCAUGGGCGCUGAGGUGGGGGGCGGGGCGCAGCGAGGCACAGGUGGGUGGGUGUGUGUGGCGAGGGGAGGAGAGGAGAGAAGAGGCAGGGAUGGGCGGGCACGCACCGCCAUGCAGCAGCGGGCGCAUGAUGCAGCGGCUUGCUCACUUGGAGAUCGUUUUCUCCGAGUGAGUCCAAAACGAUCUCCAUGCUAGCCAGCUGCCGCCUCCCUGUGUGGAGGGUGAGGCAGGCAGCGGCAUGCGCUGAAAACCUCUGAGGUGGGCCGGAUAAAUGGGCAUGGCGGGCCAGUUCCGGCCCCCAGGCCAUAGUUUGAGGAGCCAUGGUUUAGUACAUUCUCUUGAGAAUAUUACACCCAAUACAACACACUGUCGAAGUUACAGGGAGGGCCCUAAAUCAGAUACAAUCAUAUACUUAGCCAUACAUCUGUAAUGCUUAGUUUCCAGUUUGCCUCUAAUUUCCAGUCCCUUGCUGUUCAAUGUUGUUUUCUUUUGAGCAGAGAUGAUCUAAGGAAAAGGCUCAUUUUAAGGCUUUCCUAUUUCAGUUUUCUUUGUAACCAAUUGAUAGUGGCUCUGGAAUCCCUUAAUAUUUUUAUAUACCACCCCUUUCCCAGAGGCCUUGAGCAAUUUACAAGAGAGCCAUUACAAUAAUGGCCAAACUUCCACUUAGUACCCCUGUUCCUGCCUGUUCAUAGGCCUCACCUGUGCAAGCUUGUUGAUAAUGAAGUCCAUUCUACUAUCAUAAGAUGAUUUACCACCCAUUGAUUUAAAACCCAGAGCCAGGAGGUGUAAGAAUAGCCAGUACCAAAUGCUUUUCCAGGCAUCUGACCAGCCAAGAAGUGAGUUCCUUUGUAUUUCUUCGUAAGUAUUAGCACUUUAGCUCCAUUUCCUUCUCUCUCCUUUAAAUGCAUCCCUUUUGUCUGCCUAGCCCACAAUUAUCCCCAGCACGUAAGCUUUCCUUGGUGUAAACAUUGCUUUGUCAUUUCUGUGAAACCUCCCUUUCUAUCCCCGCCCCACCCCUUUUGUUGGCCGGUGGGAGGGACACAUUCUUUAUCCUUGCUAGACCUUGUAUACUGGUCCAUGUGCUAGAGGAGGUGUGAGUAUCAUACACUUCCCCCUGCAUCCCCAGCCCCAAGUCACUGAUGUUGAUGCAUUGCUGGAAUUCCAGGAAGUCUGCUGUGGAAAAGGAGAUGCAAGGUUCCAGGGGGAAAAGCAGGCACUGUAGUUGUCUAACUUGUAGAAGUUGCCCACCUCUGUGCUAGAGAGUUGGUACGCUGCUUUUUUUUUCUUUUGCAAUGUGUAUGUUAAAACUGGUAGAGUGUGUGCACCAUUUCUCUUUAGUGGCUGGGUGAGCAUUUCUUUGUCACUCAAAAGCAGAUGCUGAAACCCUAUUCUGCUGUAUAUUUGCUGUACCUCUGGAAAAAGACCCUUUAUUUUCAUGGUAUUUUUUUCUGGAACGUGUGUACAUGUGAGCUUGCAUAUAAGUGUGAAAACAAUGAUAGUAAAUCUAUAGAUCUGAUGUAGGAAUCCUGUGGGAGGUGCUCCUGGUGGGCUGGAAGGCAAUCAGUUGCCCUGUGUUCUUUCACUGGGAGCCACCGCUGGGUCUCUGUUCCUUCCAUAAAAGCUAGAUCUGAACCUCAGAUAUGUGAAGGUAAGGGAAAGAAUGUCUCAGCUACUAAUAAUAAAGGUCCUUCUUAUACAUGUUUAUCUUUAAAUAUUGAUUAAAAUGUGACAUGACAAAUAAAGCACUUAAGUAACUUGCUGGAGCAAGUGGUAUUCAAAUUGCAUGUAUGCACAAAAACCACAAAUACUUAUAACUGUAAGUUCUUGUUGGUAAUGUUAUUAACUGAACUAAACUACUGUGUCAAUCUUCAAUUUUAUCAGGAAACUUCAUUGCUUGUUACAGUGAUUCAUGCAUUUAUGUAUUGAAAUGUGUAUUAAGGAAGGUAAUUUUGUCAAGUCAAGAUUGCUUGAUUUGGGAGCUGGAAAAUGUGGCACACUACUCAUUUGAUUGAUAUUUUAAAAAUAUUUUUCUGCUGCAAGCUGCUAAUCCAGCAAAGACAAACAGGGAAUUUGCAGAAGUGUUCAUGUUGUUUGUAUUCUGGAAUUUCUGCACUGAUACAAAGCUAAAUUGAAAGAUUUUCCCCAAAUGCACAGUCUUUUGAGCUACUCUCAGAAAGGGGAAAAUUAUUUUAUGGCAUGCUCAGAAGAAAAAUGUAGCAGGGUAUAACAUACUGAAGCUCCAAAGAACAUGCAAGGCUGCCAUAUUAGGUGGUGGCACAACCUUUUGGUGGUGAUUUUUACCCCUUCCCCAAUGUCUGUACUACAGCUGUGAUCUUUACCAAGUAGAAAUAUGUGUAGGAUUCAAAUGCCAGUCUUUCUCUUUCUAAAAUAUUCUAUGAUAUUUUAGAGCAGUGGUAGGUAAUUUGGUUGGGCUGCAUCUACAGUUAGUCAUGGUCAGCAAGCUAAUGCUGAGGGAUCAUGGGAGUUGCAUUCCAAGCACACCUGGAAGGCUGAAAGUUACCCAUCCUGUUUAAGAGCAUUUCUAGAGAAUAUUUCUGCCCUAACAAGAGCCUCCAAAGCAUGCAGUAAUAUAAUGAAAUCAUGCCACAAUUUAAACCAUGACAAAGAUUAUGCAAAGAUUAUGACUAAAAAUUGACAGCAAAUUUGGAGAAAUCAAAUACCAUGAAUACCAGAUGAAACUAGCCAUCAGGAACAGGGCUAGUCUAAAUGCCUUUGUAAGGCAUUCUGUAACGUAGGCACUGCCACAAAUAAGGUGCUGCCUUCUGUUCCUAACAACCAAAAGGCAGUGGAACAAAAAGUGUGGUCCCUGACAACCUAUGGGCAGGUUCAUAGAGCAGGAGGUGGACUUUCAGUUAGCCUGGUCUGAAACUCUUUAGGGCUGUGUAGGAACCAGCACCUCAAACUGUCUCCAGAAGCUAACAGGAAGUCAGAGCAAUUAACCGAAGGCCAUCACAAUCUGGUCUGAGAAACGCACACCAGAUAAUUCUUACUGGUGUGUUUCUCACCAGAUUCUGAACACUCUUUGCACUUAUGUAGAAUCUGUUGCCAUAAUCUAAUCUGUAAGUGGUGGAAGCACAUGCUGUUGGCCAGAUUUGUCCCUCCAGGAAGAAGUAUGGCUGGUGCUCCAGCCAAAGCCAUGCAAGAGCUGUGUUGGCUGCAGCAGCCACUUGGGUACCUCAGAGCCAUUCCAGAACCAGGAACAAUUAGAGACCAACAGCCUGGUUCUUCAGAGCGGACUGUAUUUCCAAAUACAGUAAGAACAUUAUUGUCAGUAAGAAAACAAAAACCAUUUCAGCAACAAGGUUUUAUUAUCAAAUUGUAUUCUUUCUUCUCUGGUGCUUAGAAGAGUACGAUUGAAACGAUUUAGCACAUACUAGAAUUGCAGUGUAAGACAUCUUUUUGAAAAAUAAGUGUUUUAACACAGUUGUUAACACUGUUGUCACAUUUUAGUAAAUCUGAUAAUUUACAAAAGAUUUAGGGCUUUGCUUAUGAAUGUUAGGGCUCUGGUGUAAACAGUCAUUAAACACUGUGAAAUGACUGAAUGCCUAAUAAAUUAUGUUUUCUGAUAUGGAACUAAAA